AUGACAUCAUCAACUACUUGGCUGAUCAGGAACACUUCGCGAAGAAUCAGCCUAGAGCUCGUAAAGCUGCUGGUUGCGUCUUCGGAUAACCUGAUCAUGGCGACCUGGCACAAUCCCGACUUAGGCAACAGCGCUGCAAUCCCUCCGGAAAAAUGCAAAGCGGGAUUCGCAAUCCAGUCAAAACUCCAGCAUGCAGGCAGCUUCAGCCGGUAUCUCAUCAGCAAGACGGCGUUGAAUACGCUGCGGCGAGCACCCGCUAAUGCGAGACGACAGAUGUACAAGCAGGCAGGGGCAUGGCCUUACAUUAUCACCAUUGCACUCGGCCCCUGA